AUGGUUCAGAUGUACACCAUCGCCGGACGCCAAGUCGGCUCCCACUACCUCGCUAUGGGUGUCCUUGCCGCCCUUUUCGGUGGCUCGUAUGCUGCCUUCAGCGGCCCUUCCAAGAAGCCCCUCGCCCAGCAGACUCCCCCGAUCAACGCCUCCAGCUCGGACGAGUCCGACUUCAUCCAGAAAUUCCUGAAGCAGGCCGAUGAGGACGAGAAGAAGAAGCACUAA